CAUUUAAUGGCCGUCUUUAUCACAGCCGUAUGAAGAAACGUUUGAAGAAAUAAUUGUUUUCGUAAAGUGAAAUGUUUCAAACAUAUGCUUCAGAGAAUGAGGGAAAUAUUAAUAAAAGUAAUGGGGAAUGUUCAAAUGGGUGUAGUUCCGAGAAGGCUUAUACGAUUGGUGGUGUGCCUAUAUUAUUUCCGUACAAAGCAUAUCCAUCGCAAAUUUGUAUGAUGGAUAAAAUUAUAAAAUGUUUAAAUAAAAAAUUUAAUUGUUUGUUGGAGUCUCCUACGGGCAGCGGAAAGAGUCUCGCUUUAUUAUGUGCUUGUCUAGCUUGGCAGAAGAAAACUAAAAAGGAAAUCAAGAAGAUGGAAGCUGAAUUAGAAAGAGAACUAAACACACGCGGUGUAAUACUGGAUGAAGAUGUGCAUCUAAAUGAAGGAAAUAAAAUUCAAGAUAAUUUUGAUCAGGCAGAAAAAGAAAUUGCAGAAAAACUUGAAAAGCAUAAUAUAAAUGAUGAUUCUAAACCUGCAGAUACCUCAAGUAAUGAAGAAGCAGAAAAAUUAGAUCGUUUAAUAAAGAAUUCACGAUAUGCAGCUGAGAAGAAUAAAAAGAGAGGUAUAAUUUAUAUUGAUAAUGUGGAAGAUAUGGAUGACUUUCAGCCUGUUAAAAAGUGUAAAUCAAUUUCAAGGUUGUCUAAUUCUCCAUCAGGUAAUUCUACAUCUAACAGUCCACAUUUGCAAAAAAAUAGUACACCUAGCAGUCCACGUUUGCACUCUCCUAUAUUAAAUUCAGACAUAUUUACAUCAAAAAACGAUGAACUGUUGCAGAAUACUGAAAUUAAUAGCACAUCCAGUCCAGUUCGUACCUCAAAAGUAAAGUAUGAGGGUCAAACUGCAAAUGAUGGAGUUCUGCGGAAGCUUCCUAGAAUAUAUUUUGGAACACGUACUCAUAAGCAGAUUGAACAGAUUAUAAGAGAACUGAGAAAAACACCGUAUAAAGACGUAAAGAUGACAAUUUUGUCUAGUCGGGAAAGAACAUGUAUUCAUCCUGAAGUUUCAAGAACUGAUAAUAAAAAUGAAGCAUGUGAGGAGUUGAUUCACGAUAAAAAUGGCCCAGGAUGUAGGUAUUUUAGGAAUUCUAAAAUGAUUAGCCAUUACAAUUCAAAAAAAUUAUUAUCUGCUUUUGAUUUAGAAGAUUUUGUAGGUGUUUGUAGACGUGCUAAAGCUUGUCCGUACUAUGGAGCUCGAGAACUACUUAUAUCUGCAGAUAUUGUAUUUUGUCCUUAUAAUUAUUUAGUUGACCCUCUUAUUAGGUCAGCUCUGGAUAUUAGUUUGAAAGGAACUAUAGUAGUUAUGGAUGAAGCUCAUAACUUGGAGGAUUCUGCAAGAGAAGCUGCCAGUAGUAGUAUUACAUUGUCUCAACUUACUGACUCGAUUACUGAUUUACAAAAAAUGGGACAGCGAAGCCAAACUAUUCCAGAAUGCUAUCUGUAUGUUGCCAAAAUUUUAACAAACCUGGCAGAUUGGUUGAAAUUAAAUUCAAAUAAUUUAUCAGAAUACACAUCAUUUGAUUCAUCUGCUAAAGUCUGGAAUGGUAAUGAUAUGAUUGCUGUGUUAAAUUAUGUUGGUUUGGGGCCUGAAAGUUUUGAUGAAUUUAAAAUUAAAUUUAGUAAAAUCUUUGCUGAGAAAAAUGAAUCAAAGGAUGAAAAUAGCAUUUUAAAUAAUGAUGAUCCUAAAAUUUCUGGUUUGACUAUUACUUGUUUGAAAUGUCUCAUUCAGCCUUUGACUUAUCUGUAUUACAAUAAUAUGAUCUUCGUUCCUGAUUAUCGAUUUGUUGUUAUAAAAUCAAAACUGUCCAAACUGCAGUCUAAGAAACGAACUUCUGCACUUGGUGGUGUAGAGUUAACCAUGCAUUUCUGGUGUUUAAAUCCUGCUGUUGCAUUUUCUGAUAUAAAGGAUGAUAUCCAUACUUUGAUUGUUGCUUCUGGUACAUUAUCUCCUUUGAUAUCAUUCCAGUCUGAAUUAGGCAUGCCAUUUCAGAUUACUUUGGAAGCAAAUCAUGUCAUAUCAAAUACCCAAGUGUGGGUUGGCACAAUUGGCAGAGGACCUAAUAAUAAUUUGCUUAAUGCAACAUUUCAGAAUUCUUCAACAUUUGCUUUCCAGGAUGAUGUAGGAAAUUUAGUUCUGCAAGUAUGUAUGGUUGUACCUCAUGGCAUAUUGUGCUUUUUGCCAUCAUACAGCAUGCUCGAGAAGCUCAUAAACCGAUGGGAGUUAACUGGCUUGUUCGAGAAACUUUCUUUGCGAAAAAAAGUUUUCUGUGAGCCUCGUGGUCAAAGUAAUGAUUUUGUCCAAGUUAUAGGUGACUUUUACAAUGCUGUUAAAGGAACUGAAAAUAAUAGUGAAGGAGAAGUUGAUGGUGCUUUGUUUUUUGCAGUCUGUCGUGGAAAAGUAAGUGAAGGAUUAGAUUUUGCAGACAAUAAUGCACGAGCUGUGAUAACAAUUGGGAUUCCUUUCCCAAAUAUAAAAGAUAUACAAGUUGAUCUGAAACGAAAAUAUAAUGAUAUGCAUUCCUCGAAAAGGAAUAUAUUGACUGGUUCAGCUUGGUAUGAAAUCCAAGCUUUCCGGGCCUUAAACCAAGCCCUGGGACGAUGUAUACGUCAUCGAGAUGACUUUGGUGCUCUGAUUAUUGUUGAUGAACGGUUCCAGAAUGAACGGCACUUAAAUUCACUUUCAAAAUGGAUAAGAAAGGAAGUUAAACAUUAUCCAUCUUUUAAUGAGGCAUUAUCAUCAUUAAGUUGUUUUGUGCAGAGAGCUAAACCUAUUCAGUGAUAUGUCAUAACAUAAACUAAAAACAUAGAAAAGGAACUUAUAAAUUUGAUUAUUCUGUAGUUAGUUUCUUUUAUUAAAUAAAUAAUAUAUUGAUUUUAUACAUUAAUGGAAAGAAUUUGUUUUAAAAGUUGAAAAGUGUAUAUUUGAUUGUUUUGGUGUUGAUAAUAUAAUAUGCAUUGUUAUAUUUUGACUACCUUAUUAAAUCUUUACCUUUAUUAAAGACCUUUCAAAGUUCUGUUAAGAUGUUUAGCUCAAAAUUUCAUAAUUUUAAUUGAUUGUUUUGAAGUUAUAAUUUGUCAGCUUUUUAACUUAAUUAUUUAAUGAUUAUUGCUUUUGUAAAUUAAGGGAAUGAUUUAAAAAAAAAAAAAAAUCUGCUGAAUUCACUGUGGUGUAUUACAUUUUGACUGCUUUGUUCAAUCAUAUUAACUUGCGAAAAUUCUGCAAGGUGUAUCAUAUCCAUUUCAUUGUUAUUUAUCUCAAAUCUUUUUAUUUGAAAAUAGAUUAAACCUUUAGUAGUUUGAUUACAGUUACAUUUUAUGAGAUAAUGAAUUGCUGGGGCAAACAUAGCUGCCAACUCUUGUUAAAUCAGUUCUUCCAGUUUCAAUUUUUAAUUUUUAGUUUUAAAUAAGGAAAACGUUUCUCCCUCCACCUCUAGUGAAUAAUUUUUUGAUAAAGGUUUACAUUUGGGUGCCCUGUGGGUUUUUAUAUAUAUAUAUGCCAAGAUCGGUGCCAGGAAGGUAAAUGAAGUCAAAGAAUUUCACAAACUAGGCAUUGCGCACUCCCUUAACUUUGUCCAUGUCACACAUUGAUGUAUUUUCACUUAAAAAGUCAAAGGAAAUUGACAUAAAUCCAAUUCUUCUUACUCUUGUAAAAAGUGCCAAACGUAAAGCACCAAAAUAAGUAGGCAAUUCUGCACUUCACCCAAAUUUUAUUUCAUUUGCAAUAUUCCAUUUUAUUCAUCUUAUUAAAUUUAAUUUCAUCCGAGACACUUAUAGAUUUUAAUAUGAAGAUUCAAGCAAUGUGUAAUCAGGUAAUAUUUGUAUUUGAUUUUAUAUUACUUUAAUAUGUGGUACCUUACUAAAUUUUCCCAGACAAAUACUAUGAAGAUUAAUUUUAAAUUUUAUUAUUGUAAUUAAAAUUACUUUGAUAAAAAAAGAGCCUACUCAGGAUUUUUCAGUAUAAAAAUAUAAGAAAAUUUUUGAGAUUUUUAAGUUGGCAGCUAUGAAACAAAUAGAAUGUAUUUUUUAGUAUUAUAUUCCCUAAAAAAAAUUAUAUCCCUUCAUUUUCUCAUAUUGAUCUAAAUUUCUUUUAAGGUCAAAUUGAUCUUAACAUAAAAGUGCUAUCUUUCAUUAUCUGUGUGGUGUUUUAUGUGUAAAAAAAUGGAUAUUAUGAAUAACAAGUAAUUGAGCCAAUCCAAAUUGCUGAUUGUCUCUGUUAGUGUAGAAAGUACUAUUCCGUUUUGAGGAUCGUAAAAAAAUUGCAGCGAAAAUGUAUGCGCAAAAGCGCCAAAUCUAGCAAACGCGCUGAUUUCAGAUUGCGUAAGUUUAUAUAGUUCUAUAUUUCUC